AUGGGGAAGACUAUUGAACGGGUCGACAAGGUGGUUUCUCAAUUACGGAAUUUGAAGGCGGCUGGAGCACUUCGCCUGCUUACACCCCAUUGCGCACUCAAACGCAACUUUACUAGAUGGUCCUCUACUUACAAAAUGCUGGAGAGCUUUGUGAUUAUCGAAAGCUCAGCUAAGGAGCUCGACGACAUUGACCCCAUUCGACGUGCAGACUCGGAUCGGAACAUUUGUGGCCCAAAAUUAAAAUUCAUCGGAUAA